AUGGUGUCUGAUAGCUUCUCUUGGGUUCUCAGUGGAGUUUACGCUCCUUGCGACGAAAGACUUAGAGUUUCUCUCUGGGAAGAAUUGGGGGUUGUUAGAGAAACUUGGCAGCUUCCUUGGUGCAUAGGAGGUGACUUCAAUGAAGUUCUUCGUAUGCACGAAAGGUCAGGAACUCAAAGAAUGACAUCAGGUAUGCGACAAUUUACUGAAUUUGUUGAUAAACAUGAGCUAGUUGACUUACCAAUGUCAGGGGCUAGGUUCAGUUGGCAGCAUGGAGAAAACAGUGAUAGAUUCAGCAAGAUAGAUAGAUUCCUAAUCUCUUUGGACUUUGAUCUCCAUUUCCCAUCCAUUCCUUCAUCUGUGUUGGGAAAACCUUUGUCAGAUCAUGAUCCCAUCAAAUUUGUUUGUGAUCUAUCUGAUUGGGGGCCUUCUCCAUUUCGGUUUGAAUUCAUGUUUCUUGAAGAUCCUAAUAUUCUUGUUCUUAUGGAGCAAUGGUGGAAUUCCUUUUCUUUUCCAGGUUCAGCUGGUUUCGUUGUAGCUAAAAAGUUGCAGGCUUUGAAACUGAAAAUAAAUGAGUGGAAUAGACUUGUUUUUGGAAGAAUUGAUAGGCAACUUGAAUAA